GGCUGAUCGUGGGGGCUGAGGUCAUUGCACAGCUUAGUGGUAGGGGAAAAAAUCGUCUCCUCGUAGCCUCCAUUUUGAGUUGUAUGAAAUAGAGGAAUAGCAUAGUUUGUAUCGACCACUACGCUGGCAGUGUCAACAUAAAAACGACACCUAAAGAGCCUCCGACAUGGACGACCUGUUCAGUCCGAGAAGGAGCCUGAACAGCACACAAGGGGAGAUCAGAGUGGGAUCAAGUCAUCAGGCUAAGCUUCCCGAGCUUCAACCACGCCCUACGUUUGUUGUGCAAAACCAGACAGAGAAUGAAGAGCUGGUGUGGAUGCCAGGGGUCAAUGAUUGUGACCUCCUCAUGUACCUCAGAGCUGCCAGGAGCAUGGCAGCAUUUGCAGGGAUGUGUGAUGGAGGAUCCACUGAGGAUGGGUGUUUGGCAGCCUCCCGAGAUGGCACCACACUGAACGCUUUGAACAUGUUACAUGCAAGCCGCUACGAUGCAGCUAAAGCUCUCCAGCGCCUAGUGAAGAAACCUGUGCCCAAACUCAUUGAGAAAUGUUGGUCAGAGGAUGAUGUGAAGCGGUUCAUCAAAGGUUUAAGGCAGUAUGGGAAGAAUUUCUUCAGGAUUCGCAAAGAGCUGCUGCCCAACAAGAAAACGGGUGAGUUGAUCACAUUCUAUUACCACUGGAAGAAGACGCCCGAGGCGGCAGGCACCCGUCCCUACCGGCAGCACCGCAGGCAGCCAUCCUCCCGCAAGGCCAAGACUCGAGCCACCGCUGCCACUGUGAACACCCCAUCCAGGUCCCAGUCCAUGGAUGUGAGUUCGCCCAGCGAGGAUGACCUGGACAGUGAGGACAGUGAGCAGGGCACCUGUGGACACUGUGCCACAACCACUUUAAUUUCAGCCUCUAAGGACUGGCAGCAUGGAGGCCGGGAUAACAUCCUUCUGUGUACCAACUGCCGUACCUACUACAGUAAACAUGGCCGUCUGCCUCCCGGCCCCAAGCCAGCUGACCCGCCCUUCAUGUUCAAACCUGUCAAAGAGGAAGAGGAGGGCAACGGAAAGCACGGCAUGAGGACACGUCGUAGCAGAGCACCGUUGUCGUCACUAAGAAGUGGCCACAAGAGGCUGACAGGCUCUCCAACCAGUGAGGACCAACACUCCAGUAGCCAUCCGUCUCCCGUCCCCAGUGGAGCUAGCUCCACCUCCAACACAUCCAGAACCUCCUGCUCAGACAAGACUGACUCCAUAAAGAAGCCUGGCAAGAAGAUAAAGGAAGAGGCGCCCCUACCAAAGAGUACCAAACGUUCCAGGGAGAGUGCAGCCCAGGACCGAGAGGAGCCUGAGAGAACACCAACUAAAAGGACCAAGACACAGCAGGGGGAGCAGGCUGAUUGCCGGUCGGAGGGUGACGGGGAGGCCGAAGCCGAGGGGGGUGAGGUGGAAGAGGAGAGCUGCUCGGACAGCCGCAGUGCCCAGGACGACGGCAGCAGCGACACCAAAGACAUCGACCAGGACAACCGCUCGUCCUCCCCCAGCAUCCCCAGCCCUCACCGGGGCAACGAGGGCAACGAGAGCGACUCGGACUCCUCCGCCCCCCAGCACCAGGGGGCCCGCCAGGCGGUGGCCGAGGCCGUCUGCGCCUCCGCUGCUGCCCUGGCUGAGGCACCGAGCUCACAGACUGUUGCUCCCCCACAGCCUGUGGCCCCCACCCCGUCCCUGCCCCGCCCGGGUUCCUCCGCAGAGCCCGGCCCGGCCCAGGCACCCCCCUCCCCAGAGCCCGUCCGUCCGUCAGCUGCCUCGGCUCAUGCCGGUCAGUCAGCUGGCUAUCCGGCAGGUCCCCAGCACGGCCGACCCCAACCACCCCCCCCUCACCCUCUGUGUGGCUCUUCGCCCCUGCCUCCACCUCUGGGACAGGCCAUUCAUCUUCCGUCUCCUGCAUUCCAGGGCCCUCUUCCUUCCCCGGGGUCUCUUGCUCCGACCCAGCCCCUCCUCCACCACGGUGUUCCGGCCCAAGGCCCCCACCCGCCUCGACCCCCUCCCCACUUCUCCAGGGACCCCCCCUUCCCCCAGGCCCUGCCCCUCACCCCUGGGCCUCAAAUCAAACCACCUCCGACCACGCCCAUUCCUCCGUCGCACAAACAGCCACCCCACCACCCUUCUUCCCUGGCUCCCCCUUUCCCACAGAUGCCGUCCAACCUGCCCCCUCCGCCGGCCCUGAAGCCCCUCAACUCCCUGCCCAACCAGCACCCUCCUGGAGCCCCACCCCCACCCCUCCAGCUCAUGCCCCAGUCUCUGCCUGUGCAGCAGGGCCUCCCGCCCCAGCCUCCUGUACUAACUCAGCUGCAGAACCUCCCGGGGAGAGGCGGCCACCCACACUCUACCCUGCCCCCCUCUUCUGUCCCCUCUUCCUCCUCUCCCUCCACCAUGGGUCCAGUCCCUGGACUCCAGCCCUCCUUCCCCUCCCUGCCCCUGCGCCCCACGCCUGGAAACCCCAUUGGAAUGGCAGGGACACACGUACAGAUUAAAGAGGAGCCAUUGGAUGAGUGCGAGGAGCCUGAGAGCCCACCCCCUCCACCCAGGAGUCCAUCGCCAGAGCCGUCUGUUGUCCAUAUUGCCAGCCAUGCCAGCCAAUCAGCACGGUUUAUCAAACACUGGGAACGGGGCUACAACUCCUGCUCCAGAACAGACCUGUUCUUUACACCCCUGGCCUCGUCCAAGCUGGCCAAGAAAAGAGAGGAGGCUGUAGAAAGGUCCAAGAGGGAGGCUGAGCACAGCGCCCGAGAAAGGGAGAGGGAGAAGGACAGGGAGAGAGAGAGGGAAAGGGAACGAGAGAGGCAGGAGGAGAAAAAUGCUAGAGCGUCGAGCUCGUCCCACGACAGCCGUAUGAGUGACGUCCAGAUGUCCGGCCCGGUCCACAUGCGCUCUUCCUUUGAGCAGCCCCCCGCCAGCGUGGCCGCGGUGCCCCCUUACAUCGGGCCCGACACGCCGGCGCUGCGCACCCUCAGCGAGUACGCCCGACCCCACGUCAUGUCGCCCACCAACCGCAACCACCCCUUCUUCGUGUCGCUGUCCCCCGGGGACCCCCUGCUGGCCUACCACAUGCCUGGCCUGUACGCGGCCGAGCCCAGCCUCCGAGAGAGGGAGCUCCGUAACCUCCGGGAGAGGGAGCUCCGUGAGAGGAUGAAGCCCGGCUUCGAGGUCAAGCCGCCGGAGAUGGACGCUAUGCAUCCGUCGGCCAAUCCCAUGGAGCACUUCGCGCGGCACGGAGCCCUGGCCCUGCCCCACAUCGCCGGGCCGCCCCACCACCCCUUCGGCCACUUCCACCCGGCCAUGCAGAACCACCUGGAGCGGGAAAGGCAAGCGAUGGCGCUGGCCGGACCCCAGAUGCGCCCGGAGCUGAGUUACGCCGAGCGCCUGACCGCCGAGAGGCUCCACGCCGAGAGGAUGGCGUCUGUGGCUAACGACCCGGCGGCCAGGCUGCAGAUGCUCAACGUCACUCCACACCACCACCAGCACUCCCACAUCCACUCACACCUCCACCUGCACCAGCAGGACCCACUGAAUCAAGGUGAGGAUGAUGUGUGUUACUGUUACCCAGGUAAUGGCCCCCACCCCCUGGACCCCCUGGCUCCGGGGCCCCGAAUGGCCCGCUUCCCCUUCCCCGGGGGCCCCAUACCCAACCCUCUGCUCAACGACCUGCCCCACGACCACGACAUGAUGCGGCACCCGCUGUUCGCCUACGCUGCUGUAGCAGGGGCGGGGUACCCCCGCGAGCUCCAGGGUCCCAUCCCCCAGAUGUCCGCAGCCCACCAGCUCCAGGCCAUGCAUGCUCAGUCCGCCGAGCUGCAAAGGCUGGCAAUGGAGCAGCAGUGGCUGCAUGGACACCACCACCUACAACACGGUGGGGCUCUGCCCGGGCAGGAGGAUUACUACAGUCGUCUGAAGAAAGAAGGUGAUAAGCCAUCGUGAGAAACCUUGAAAAUACAUCAAGAGAUUGUAAUGCUGUGUACUUUUGACAUACAUUAUGUGAGAACUAAUGUUAGUGUCCCCUUUUUCUAUUAAUCUAAAUGUAAUUCAGAAUUAAGAAUCUUUGUGGAUCCGUAUGCUUGUUUCUUGCUAAGCACUUAAAGGAAUAGCUUACCCCCAAAUCCUCAGAGUUUGUGAGACUUUUUCAUAGCUAAGUAAUGGUCUUAUAAAAAUAUUACAGCUGAGCAGAGUUUAUUGUCCGUGACAUUUGUUUUUCUAAAUGCUUUAAAUGUUUUCACCUGAUAUGGAUUUUGUAGCUUUUUGAUUUCCCCUAACUCAAUACAACGUAUAUUGUGCGUGAUCUACACGAUAGAUAGGGUGGAAUAAGGUUCUUCUGUGGAGUUAUGAAUAUGUCUUUCACAAACUUUGAUUUGGGAGGUGAACUAUCCUUUUAAUUUCUAAACAAUCUGACUGAUCUUGUACAAAACUACAUUUCAUAUUAGAUGUUUGGAUGAUUGACUGUAAUAACCUUGCAUGACUGUUUCCCGUUUGAUUUUCAUAAGAACUUAGAGUAGCGAGUUACAUUGUUUAUUUGUGUUUAGGCAACAAAAAAAGCAUAGUAGAUUAAUUUUAUUCUAUAACUGCUAAAUAUUUGUCUAAACCCUAAAGUUUUAUAUAUUUCAAGAUAUGUUUUCACAAUUUAACCUAAGCUCUGACACAUACAGUACAUUUUUGAGAUUGUAAAUAAUAUAUGUUCAAUAUUCUAUAUUAUUAACUAUGAUUAUUAUUCAUAUUAGGUGUGAGCUGGCACAAUAAAGUUAAAUUAUUUAGCUAUAUACACUCACAAUAUAUAGCAUUAUAAAGAAAAGGGAGUUAACACAGAAAAUUCGACCUUGGAGAUUCACUAUUGUCACCCCAGACAGAAAACGGUGUUAAGAACAGUGGAUCCAGUUAGUAAUAUAGUUUUGGUUUGACGAAGCAGACAAACAUUUAAACCUUGGCAUCCUUACCAUGGACAAACCCUGUUUGAGUAUUUAUGGGCAAUAAUAAUAAUAUGGAAAAACAAAAUGUAUGCAUUGCAUAUUUAUUUGAAUAAAUCAUUCUGCAAUAACA